AUGCCGCCCACGAUUCACCUCGUGCGUCACGCCCAGGGCGUCCACAACCUGUCCGUCGAGAACGAGUCGAUUCACGACCCGGACCUGACGCCCCUCGGCGAGUCCCAGUGCGCCGCCCUGCGCGCCUCCUUCCCGCGCCAGCGCAUCACCCGCCUCGUCGCCUCGCCGCUGCGCCGCACCGUCAACACGUGCCUCCUGUCCUUUGGCGAGCCUGACCUGCUGCCCGUUGUCGCCCUCGACUGCCUGCAGGAGGUGUCGGACCAGCCCUGCGACACGGGCUCCAGCAAGGACGCCCUCGCCGCCGAGUUUGGAGACGCCCUCGACCUGUCCCGCGUGUCCGACGCGUGGACCGACAAGGCCAAUGGGCCCUUUGAGCCGACCCUCGAGAAGCUCUCGGCGCGGGGUCGCGAGGCCCGCCGCGCGCUGCGGGAGAUUGCUGCCGGCGACGACGAUGCGCACGUCGUGGCGGUGUCGCACGGCGGAAUCCUGCACUUUGUCACGGAUGACUGGCAGGGCAUUCCGGAGGGACGUGCCACCGGCUGGGCCAACUGCGAGGUCCGCUCGUACCAGUUUGCCGACCCGACGGGCCAGGACGAGGACGCCGCGCUCGUCGAGACCGAGGAGAGCCGUCGCCGUUCCACGUCCAAGGAGCUCACCAGCGUAGAGAAGCGCCAGAUGCGCGUGGCGGUGCAGCAGCGCAUGAUUCCGUUUCUGAAAAUUAAGGCGUAG